AUGGAUCACCCGCAAGACGAGGUUCACCGUCACUCUCUGGAAGAUCCAGAGUCGUUCUGGGGCCACCAGGCAGAGCAUCUCCACUGGCACAAGAAGCCGUCAGCAGCGCUGGCAAAGACCAAGAAGUCUCUCAAGACGGGCGACGAGCAUGACCACUGGGAGUGGUUCCCGGACGGCGAGAUCUCAACGUGCUACAACUGCCUGGACCGCCACGUGCUCGCCGGCCAGGGGCACCAGCCGGCCAUCUUCUACGACAGCCCUGUGACGAAGACGAAGCAGACCUUUACCUACAAGCAGCUCCUCGAGGAGGUGGAGACCUUUGCCGGCAUCCUGCGGGAACAGGGUGUGAAAAAGGGAGAUGUCGUUCUCGUGUACAUGCCUAUGAUACCCGCGGCUCUGAUCGGCAUCCUCGCCAUCAACCGCCUCGGCGCCAUCCACGCCGUCGUCUUUGGCGGCUUCGCGUCAGGGGCGCUGGCCCAGCGCAUUGAGGCAUCGAGACCCGUUGUCAUCUUGACGGCGUCAUGCGGCAUCGAUGGCACGAAAGCCCCGGCCUCCUACCGCGACUUUGUGGAGGGCGCAGUGCGCGCGUCGUCGUGGAAGACGCCGCGGACCAUCAUCUGGCAGCGCGAGGAGCUGCGGUGGGAGCCGCUCCGGCCCAACCUCGGCGAGCGGCAGUGGCAGGAUCUCGUCAAGGACGCCAAGGCCCGCGGUGUCAAGGCCGACUGCGUGCCCGUGCGGUCGACGGACGGCAUCUACAUCAUCUACACGAGUGGUACGACGGGCCUGCCCAAGGGAGUCUUGCGAGAGGCCGCCGGGCAUGCGGUUGGCUUGCACUUGUCAAUCAGCUACAAGUUCAACAUCCACGGACCAGGUGAUGUGAUGGCAUGCUUCAGUGAUAUCGGAUGGGUGGUCUCCCAUAGCUACACCCUGUACGGUCCGCUGUUGACUGGCGCUGCCUCCAUCCUUUACGAGGGCAAGCCGGUCGGCACACCGGACGCCUCUGCCUUCUGGCGAAUGGUCGAGGAGUACAAAGUGAACACCAUGUUCACCGCCCCUACGGCUCUGCGGGCCAUCAGGAAGGACGACCCGGAGAACAAGCACUUUACGCAAAUCGGGAAGCGAGGCGGUCUCAAGUCGCUCAAGGCGCUCUUCCUCGCCGGGGAGAGAUCCGAGCCGGCAAUUAUCACCAUGUAUCAAGACCUGCUCAAGCACUACGCCGCACCGGGCGCCCAGGUCAUCGACAACUGGUGGUCGUCCGAGUCUGGCUCGCCCAUCUCGGGUGUCGCCCUCGUCCCGCACGCCGGCAAGCACCGGAAGACGGACAACAAGGACCACCCGCCCAUCGACGUCAAGCCCGGCAGUGCCGGAAAGCCCAUGCCGGGCUUCGACGUGCGCGUCGUUGACGAUGACGGGAACGAGUUGCCCAGGGGCAAGAUGGGCAACAUCGUCAUGGCUACCCCCCUGGCGCCGACGGCUUUCCGUACGCUGUGGGAGGAUGAGGAGAGGUUCUUCAAGGGCUACCUCAAGCGCUUUGAUGGCAAGUGGGUUGAUACUGGCGAUGCUGGCUGGAUCGACGAGAAAGGGUACAUCCACAUCAUGGCUCGUUCUGACGACAUUAUCAACGUGGCGGCCCACCGACUCAGCACUGGUACACUCGAACAAGCCAUCACAAGCCACCCGGCCGUCACCGAGGCCUGCGUGGUCGGCAUCCCGGACGCCCUCAAGGGCCAGAUGCCCUUCGCCUUCGUGGCCACGAGCUCCGACAUACCGGCGGACGAGCUGCUCGCCGAGAUCCAGAAGCUCGUGCGCGCGCAGGUCGGCGCCAUCGCGUCGCUGGGCGGGCUCAUCUGCGGCAAGGGCAUGAUCCCCAAGACGCGGUCCGGCAAGACGCUGCGCCGGGUGCUGCGCGAGCUGCUCGAGAACGCGGUGCACGGCGAGGUCGACAAGCCGGUCAACGUGCCCUCGACGGUCGAGGACGCGAGCGUCGUCGAGGUCGCGCGCGAGAACAUCCGGCUGUACUUCAAGGACAAGGGGGGCAAGCACGGGUCUAUCGAGGCUAGGGCGAAGCUAUAG